CAAGAGUUGGUGAAAGAAAAGUCUUCAUUUUCUGUUUCAAGGCCCAAGCACCUCAAACCCACUAGUGGCUAAGGAGGAACAGUGAGACGUGGCUAGUUCUAGUCCACAUUUCGUUUGUUCUCAUCAAAGAGAAAUGAGGAAAUUUGAGCAGCAAAAGGAGAGAUUUUCAGGUCUUCAAAUCAAGCAGUUGUUUCUAUGAGAUCAAGGGUUUCGAGUUCAAGUCAGAUAAGGAGCUGGUGAUGAAAGUUUGUAAUGAUAGUCAAUUGAGAAACAAUGGGUUAAUUUGUGAAUGAACAGAAAGGGGAUCUGAGAUAUGCAAAAUAGAUGGAGACUGUUGUUAAUGGGAAUUGAAUGGAGAUGGUUAGAAGUGGUUGAAUCGAAUGAAGAAAAUGAAAAGAUGGUAACUACUCGAAUCUGUGUGAUGAGGUCUGAAUUGAGGGUUUCGUCCAUUGAUGGCAGUGGUGGUGAUAAAUGAUGUUGUUGAUUCGUGGCUGCAGUAUGGGGUGAUAAAUUGGGGUUUGUCAGGUGCUGAAUCGCUGUAACUGGAUUCAGUCAAGAAAUCAGAGAAGCAUCAACUAUAGAAGGAACUGUUAGGUUAAGAUUUCGAUUGCUCUUGAGAAGAAUCGUUGAGCUCGUCUGGGUUUGAACGAAACAAGGAAAUGUGCUGACUUGAGUUCGAGUUAGGCUUAAUAUGGACAGGAUUUUGUGCCGGAAAGGCAAACUCAAGACUUGAUUUGCUGCCGUUAAUGUCUACUGUUGGUUUUAAGAACGCCUAGUGUUGUGAUCAGUGGAUGAAGGCCUGAGAAGACAUAAGAACAGAUUGUUAGAAGGUCAGAGAAUGAAAAGAAGUGUUGUUGGGGAUUGUCAUUGCUGUUGUGUUCUUAGACAAAGUGACUGCAGUUCUUAUUGUUCAGGGUGGCAGAAAUUAGUGCAGUCAGCGAUGGUGUUUCCAGGGUAAGUUGUGGAUGGAAUACCAUGAAGAGAACAGGGAGAAGAAGAGAUUGUGCUAGCUGUACUGGUUGUAUGGUCUGUAACAGUGAAUGUUUGAAGAUGGAAAGUGAAGUUGGGGUCCGUGUGUUGGCUAAUUUUAUUAUGCUGCAAAGAAGAUGAUUGGAUAGUCAGUGAAUGGAGAAAGAAAGUGAGAUGAUGUGGCUAGAUAUGGAACUGGUGCUGGUGGCCGAGAAUUAGGAGGACAGAAAGUAGAAAAUGGUGCAGUAGCUGGACGUCGGUAAUGCCUAAAUUUGGAAACUGAAGCUGGUGCUUGGAUUGGGCCUGGCGACUAUCAGCUGGGUCCAUAUUAGCUUUUCUAUAGCGCCUUUAUAUACAUCUGUGAACAGAGAAUCAGGGGAAGCCGUUUACACAGGGAAGAAACUAGGUUUAAGUUUUCUUACUUUUGCGAUGCUUUACUUGUUAUUAUCUAUAUCAUUUUUGAUGGCUUUUAAGAAAACCAUGUCUAGCUAAAUAUCUUGUUAGGGUGAAGGAUGAACUUGUAGGUUUAAUUUACUCAUGUUCUAAAACAAGGGUUUCUACAACUUUGAGCUUAAUGUCAUUUGUUUGAGUUUCUCUACAAUGAUUUAUCUUCUAUUCAAUUUCUCAUAUUCUAUGCCAGGUAUAGGCUAUUGUUAGGUUGAUAGAAAUACUCAUUGAACCUUGUUAUUGAUUGUUUUAUGAUUAUUCCAAAACUAUGUAUGUCAUGUAUACUUAGUACUAGGGAUGUCUAUCUUCUAGGUUGAGAACAAACAAUCUUUUAUGACAACUCUUUCCUAUAAAUCCUUAAUGAAAUAUCUUCCGUGUGUUAGUUGCUAGAUUUGCAACUUCGCACUAGUAAAUUUGAGACCCUGUGAUAGAGCAUAAGUAAACAUAUCUUACAACGGAUUCCAUAGCCCUAAUACUUCCAUAUUCUUGAUUACAAUCUUUAUACAAUUGCUUUAUUUACCUGUUAAUUUAUUUUCUUAGCAUAACAAUCUCUCAAAUAUUGAAUUUUGGUUAGUUAGAUUUUGAUAUUAAUUAGUAGUAGUUUCCGCAUUCCUUGAGGGAAUGAUCCGUGCUUGCUAUUGUGUGUUAUUUUUGACACCGUGCGCUUGCGGUAAAACAAAGUCGGUCUACCGACCUAUCAAAAAGCGGUGACGCCGCAACGUAUCAUCGCAACGGCCAAUGCGUAUGUCCUCUAUAUCCUUGGAGCUGUUAUCUUCCUCGACGUUUCUGGUGCCCGUGUUAACGCCAACUUUAUCCAACUGUUGCAACUAUUUGACAAGAUACAUGACUACUCUUGGGGCACUGCCAUCCUUGCACACUCUUUGACGCAGUUGAGAAAGGCUUCUAGGGCUCAAAGGAACCAACUCGGAGGGAAUAUGGCUUUUCUGCAGGCGUGGAUAUAUUUUCACUUCCCAAUAUUUGCUAAAAGGACUUUUGAGAACAAGGAUUGGGACGGACAACAGUAUGGAAACAAGUACACCUACAGAAGUAAGCCGAAGAAACAAAGAAUGGAUUAUUUGAAUUUGAGACGCAGUUAGACAACUUGACGACGAAGGAUGUUGUCUUUGAUCCUUACAAGGAGGCUUUGGCUAAAGGAAAAGGAAAGAAGGUUGGGUGCCCAUAGCAAGGUGAAUAUCAUGGGCCUUUAUUUCACCCAAGAGGAUAUGUAAUGUACAACCCGUCGAGAGUCGCAAGACAAUGCGGUUACAUACAAAAAAUCCAAAAGGCGCACAAGGAUUUCAAAUUCAAUGAGACAAAAACCAAAGUACAUGACAGUGAUACUGUCAUUGUUCACCGGCCUUUCCCAUCAUGUGAUUAUUGGGAUAACAGAGCAUUUCACAAAUAUCCUUUGGUUGGUCCAUCUCGAACAGAUGACGAGGCAAUUCCGGGUUACAUGCCGUGGUACCUCAAUGUUUCACAUACUCGAGUGAUACGAGUAGAUGAGAGGCCCAUGAUAGAGGACAAAGAUACGGCUCUCCAAUACUUGAGAAGACGAGUCGAAUACUUGGUAACCCGGGCAAAGCUAGAAAUCAGGGAAGGGAAAAAUGUGAAGGCCAAUGAAAAGCUAAUUGAUGAAUUGAACGGUCUCGAAAAUGUAGAAGCUGGUGCAAAGUUUGGGGAGCAGGAAGAGGAGGAUGAUGAGGAGGAUGAUGAGGAGGAUGAUGAGGAGGAGGAGGAGCCAAAGAAGAAGAGAAAGAGAGCCCCUACCAAAAAGAUGUCUGAAGGUGCAUCGAGCAGCGCCCAACCUAGGAAACGAGGACGCGGUGGACAUAGUCGUCCCGUUCAUGAAUGAAUGAUUAUAUUCAUGUUUAUGUCUUUAAGUAUGGAUAAUUACGGAGUCAAAACUUAUGUCUUGUCUUAAACUUAUUGUCGAAUUAUGUUUGGCUACA